CCCCCCCCCCCCACCUCCUCCCGUUCCGCCGCCGGCGCGCCGCCUCCAGGUGAUAAGAGGGGAGUGAGUAACAGUGAGGCUGGUUAAACCACCAGGCGUGCCGUGUGUGGAUAGGUAAAUCCGGCUGCUAGCUAGUGGCUGGUGGUCGUCGCGGUGCGGGCUUGUCUGCUAGAUAUAGUGAGGGAGGUAGGUAGGGUUGAUUUCGGUUUUGGUUGGAGGAGGGAGGGAGGAGUGGAUCAGUGGAGGAUGGGGCGCGGCAAGGUGCAGCUGAAGCGGAUCGAGAACAAGAUCAACCGGCAGGUGACCUUCUCCAAGCGCCGGUCGGGGCUGCUCAAGAAGGCGAAUGAGAUCUCCGUGCUCUGCGACGCCGAGGUCGCGCUCAUCAUCUUCUCCACCAAGGGCAAGCUCUACGAGUACGCCACCGACUCAUGUAUGGACAAAAUUCUUGAACGUUACGAGCGCUACUCCUAUGCAGAAAAGGUCCUUAUCUCAGCUGAAUCUGAAACUCAGGGCAACUGGUGCCACGAAUAUAGGAAACUGAAGGCUAAGGUUGAAACAAUACAGAAAUGUCAAAAGCAUCUCAUGGGAGAGGAUCUUGAAUCUUUGAAUCUCAAAGAGCUGCAGCAACUGGAGCAGCAGCUGGAAAAUUCAUUGAAACAUAUCAGAUCCAGAAAGAGCCAACUUAUGCUUGAGUCCAUUAACGAGCUUCAACGGAAGGAGAGGUCGCUGCAGGAAGAGAAUAAAGUUCUGCAGAAAGAGCUCGUGGAGAAGCAGAAAGUCCAGAAGCAACAAGUGCAAUGGGACCAGACACAACCUCAAACAAGUUCCUCGUCAUCCUCCUUCAUGAUGAGGGAAGCCCUACCAACAACUAAUAUGAGUAACUACCCUGCGGCAGCAGGCGAAAGGGCAGAAGACCAUGUAGGAGGGCAGCCGCAGCAGGGUCGCAUUGGGCUGCCGCCAUGGAUGCUGAGCCACAUCAGCGGCUAAGAGGCUUCAGCUCCAUGUCAGUGUACUGCUAUUCAUCACAAGAAGUUCCAAGCAACCUGACCCGGUCGCCUGCUGCUCGACCUGGUCUAUUACUAGUAUUACUGUUAUCUUGCGGUCGCGAGACGAAGAAAGCAUCUAGCCCUAAAUUCAGCAUUAGUACCAAGCUGCACUGUGUAUAUCUUGCUUCGUCCAGCACCGUCCUCGCAUCAGUAAUUUUACCCAUGUAAUAUAAGCGAGUAGCAUGAACAAAUUUUCCGGUUUCCAAGCAUGUCCAUUGGCGUCACGUGUGAGUUAAAUAGCUAAAUCUCAGUGCUGUGCAUAGUGUGAUAACUGUAAGAUAAAUAAACAUUGUAAACCAUGUGUCCAUUGCCUACCUGAUUAAGCUGAA